GUUUAUGCAGUCUGACAUUCUUCAGGGUGCUGCCUCAUAUAGCAAAGAAAUAAAACAAUGUGAAGAAGAUAUUCAAGCAAUAAUGAAAAGGGUUAAUGAACUUACAGGUAUAAAGGAGUCAGACACAGGCCUGGCUCCCCCAGCUCUGUGGGAUCUCGCAGCAGAUAAAGUUUGCCUUUCGAACGAACAUCCUCUUCAAGUUGCUAGGUGCACAAAAAUCAUAAAUGCUGAUUCUGAGGAGCCUAAGUAUAUCAUAAAUGUCAAGCAAUUUGCUAAAUUUGUUGUCGACCUCGCUGAAAGUGUUGCACCUACCGAUAUUGAGGAAGGCAUGCGUGUUGGAGUCGACAGAACUAAAUAUCAGAUACAUAUUCCUCUUCCGCCUAAAAUAGAUCCUAGUGUCACAAUGAUGCAAGUGGAGGACAAACCAGAUGUUACUUAUGGCGACGUAGGUGGUUGUAAAGAGCAAAUCGAGAAGCUCCGGGAGGUAGUGGAGAUGCCUCUUCUGCACGUAAGCCAUUCUAGCAUCUCUCUAUCUUGGCUUAACCGGUUUUUCGCCAAAAAUUCUAAUGGAUUAUCUACUUAA